CAAGACAGUUUUCCUGGCCCAAUGUGUUUGUGGUCCCUAAAUUCACAAAUGACAUGGAAUUGGAACUCCAGCAGAAAAACGCAGAAUAUGAAGCAAAUGGCACACUCUUCAAGCCUGGCAUUAAACUGAAAGGAGUCAUCCUUGAUGGAUUAGCUCAAGAAAUGCUGAAAUACACAAAAUAUCCUAAAGACGAUCAAUGUGAAGAGGUGGCAGCAGCAGUGACAAGGACCCAUCCUUGUUUAGGGCAGCUAGGAUCUAAGACAGGAUUCUGGGGAUGGAAACAAUCUCUGAUUGGGUGGCUUGGCAAUCCUGAAAUCCGUGUGAAUUUGUUAAAGCACAAACAAGAAGGCCAAGGAAAAACUGCUGCCAUCAUCAAAAAACCAAGAAAGGCCGAGGUCUGUUAUGUCCCUUUACCCCCAAAAAGUGAAAGCACUGAAAGCUUGGAAACUGAAAGAGUGGCUCUACUCUCAGAAAUCAAAAAGCGGGACAAAGAACCAGUAAUAAAAGCAAAAAUGGAAAGAACCUUCUCCCAUAGACGACUAGAGAUUGUGGAACAGAGGCCGAUGAUCAAAGACUUCAUGAACAGAUGGCCUGCCCUUUUCAAGGAAAGUGAAUGUGAUGACAUCGACAUAAAGAGGGAGCAUACUCUUAAAAGCCUGGUGAUCUACUUUAAUGAAGAUCCAGACCUACUGUUCAAGGAGUAUCUGACCUCCUCCAAUGAGGAUGAACGGUUGAGAUCCACUGCAGCAGCUGUCACGGGUAUUUACAGCAUCAGAAGAGAAGGCGUUCAGGAGCCAGAGGAUGUGGGAGUUGUCAUUGAAGGUACUACAGUUAUGAACAACCUCGGUAGUGUCAUCAUGGCAUUCAUCGUCCUCUUUGGACUGAUUUAUGCACUUGAUCUAAGCUAUCCAAAUGACCACAAGCACACUUUCGAGUUUUGUCAGAAGAUUUUAAUGAAUCUGGAUGGACAAAGGUUCAGUACAAAGAUGCAGCAAAUGAAAAUGAAGAUGUUUGCUUAGGCAAACAAGGCCCCAGCACAAAAGUUGAUUUUGGCCUUUUUAUCUCUUUUGUUCAAACUGUGACCUUUUUUUCUUUUCUUUUUUUUUUUUUUGGAAAAAUUGAAGUUUUCUAUUUUUGUCUGCUGUUCGCUUGUGAGUGAUGUAACCUUUAAUCUAUACUAAUAUAGUUGGAUAAAAGGACUGUGGGAAUUUAGCUCAAAAAAAUUUAAUGCUUGUAACCAGCAUUUUCUUUUUAAUUGCUUUUGGGAUUUUCAAAGAGACAAAACAAAUGUUGACAACUUUGGUGUCUUCCAGUGUUUUAAAGUUGGUGUUCCCGUUCUUAUAAGCUUGUAAAAGUUUGAAUGUAAUUGGUUUUAGAGAAGUAAAGUUGAAUUUUUUUUUAUUAAAAUACUUCCCCUUUGGUAACAUAAAAAUGUUCUUAAUGAAAACCUUUUAUAUAUAUACAUUAUAUAUUUGUAUUUUAGUAUUGCUGGGUUGUUUAAAAUGUUCAGUGACUGGCAUACUAUGGUGUGAAUUGUAAUGUUUAGUAGGUUAUCAUUGUGAAUUUGCUGAAAACCUACCUGCAAGUGUCACUAUAAAUAUAUACAAUGAUUCUUAAGUGAAAUCUGAUUUUACAAAUUGCAGUUUGUUUUCAGUCUUGCCUAGUAAUACAAAGGUGUGUGCUAUUCAGAUUUGAUAUUCAUUUCAAAUGUAAGACAGCACUUUUUUGUGAGCACUGAUUUUGUUAAGGUUAAUUUGACCAUGUGAGAUGUUUAUUCACAAAGUAUUCUGCUUUUAAUUCAAGUGAAUAAAAUUGAGUUGAAAAAACAAAUUCAUUUUGUCAUUAUGUCAAUAAUUAAAUUUGUUUUCUGGUAAUUAAAAUAAUCAGUUA